GCCCCCAGGUGUGCCUGUAACCGACGGCAGAUGCAUUGAGCUGCUGUGUGUAAUCCACCCUGCAUUGCCGACACGACAUCCCCGGGCACUUUGACCCGGCUGACAGUGCGGACGGUGUGAGGCUCCGCUCAGAGAAAGGAAGGGAGUCUCGCAGCCGCUCUCAGUGCGUCAGAUCCCAGGACACGUCAGACGUCCGGUGACUGAGGGACGUGGUUCCCGCGGAGGCAGCCUCCGGAUUAGCAAUGCUGCUAUAUUUAUCGCCUUCCACAGCUGUGCUGACGGAACGGGCGAGAAAACAAGGCCCACCCGCAAUGGAAGUUGCUGGAACGCGGGCGCCAUUGGAUACGGCGGGGGAGAAUGGGGGGAGUCCAGACCCCGCCACACGCGGUCUGAGCCUCAGAAACAGGCAACUGGCCUGUUGUGGGACAGAGGAACCGACCACGGACCCCGAAUGGGACCCCCGGGACCGGCUCAGCGGAAGUGACGGAGACGCAGACGUGGAAGAUGCUGACGGCAGACUCAGAGCGUCCGAGCUCCCACACCGCUGCAGCUCCAGGAGACGGCGGCGACCCAGGCUGGUGCAGCAGGACACGACGGAGAGCGAGGACGACUCGACUCGGAACCGGCACGGACAGCACCACUGUAACGUCCCACUCAGUCCCCAGCACACGUCCCAAGCCAUCACAGAGGAGAGCGUCUCUCAGAUCCGUCCGCUGGUGCUGAGUACAGCAGGUUUGCGGCCGAGCGGGGUGGGGGUGUCACUGGGCCCUGAGAUCCAGACCCCCGCCCUACACUGUCCCAUGGCCCCCCGGGACAACGUCAGCUGCCUGUUCGUCACCUCCAUUGUCUUCAUUCCUCUCGGGCUGCUGCUCCUCCUUUGCCUGUUACAGAGAAAGGAGGCAUGAAGGAGGGGGGGAGGGAGGGGGCAGUGACGAGGGCCCGGAGUCUGACCUCAGUCCCACCCCUCCCACCCCCUCUCUGAGAACACGGACCAUCGCACAAACCCCUGACCGUGUCCCGCCCCUCCCACCUGACGAUCAGGACUGAGCAUACCAGAGAGGAACCCAGGGGCAGAGGGUUUGACUCUUUGCCCCCACCCAACACAUCCCCUCCCCUCCCUUCCCCACAAGAGGCACCUCCAGAGGCAAGAAUAAAAAAGGAAAUGUUUUAUUGUU